AUGGCGCAGUUCAAACAAGACCCGGAUGCAAUGUACAUCAAACCCGAUCCUGAUAACAAGGAUGUGGUCUUUCGUGACAUGGACGAUGACGAUCUCUACGAAGAAACCGGUGAUCUAGAUUUUACACUAGCCAACCAGAAUGUAUGGCUAUCCCGCCUGCCUCGGCAGCUGUGGGAGAACUGGGCGCAAAUCGAUGAUGACGAGGAGAUUGAGAUUGGAACAAUGAGGAUAGAGGGGGACCCAUCAGACCUCAAGCGGGUUAGCUUGCGACUCCACGAUCGACCCGAUAAUAAGGACAUCCCAAAAGACUACACCUUGCAGCGACAAACUGUCACGUCCACCAAUGCCUCCCAUAUGACACAAAAUACCUACGUCUUCACAGAGAAGGACGUGCCCGGCGCUGAAAAUCGCAUGGCUUCAUUCGGAGAGACACGCUCUGCCUUGUAUGAGGCCAUGAAGCGUGAGGCUCGGAGAAGGGAACAAGGCAAGAAGUGGGAGCCUUAUGUUCGGAAAACAGUACCAAAACAAACUGCACUCAUCGGACGAGUCAGCGAGGAAUUUAAUUGUCUACCAGUGGAGAAUGAGGAGUUCCGGAAAAUCUCAGAGAUUCGGGCUCUGGAGGCUCUGAAGCCGAGAAGGGGGGUCAAGUUUGUGGAGAAAAUUCCUGCACACCUUCUUCAGGCACGGCAUGCUCUCCCCGUGGACAAGGGAACUUUCGUGCAAGCUACGAAACCUAUCAAAUCCAAGUCCCAGGAAAACAAAACUACGCGUAUCGCACAAAACGAGCUGCUGGACAAGAUUUUCGAUUGCUUUCGCCAAUACCAGUACUGGCCAUUCAGGUCACUCAAAAACAAGCUGCAACAGCCUGAAGCGUAUCUCAAGCAAACUCUGGAGAUGGUGGCACAUCUGAUCAAAUCGGGAGAUCAUUCUAUGACAUGGCAGUUGAAGCCAGAGGCACAGGAAGCUAAUUAUGCCCAACAAGCAUUAUCGUUCGACGACGCCAAGGCUGAGUUGGCUCCUGAACCUGAAAAUUACGAUGAUGGCUCGGAAGAUGACCCAACUGCUUCUGGGGUCGAUGAAAUGCAAUUUUAA